AUGUACCGCUCAACCAAAGGAGCAUCAAAGGCUCGAAGGGACCAGAUCAACGCGGAGAUCCGGAACCUGAAGGACUUGCUGCCCAUAUCCGAUGCAGAUAAAGCGCGGCUCUCAUACCUGCAUAUCAUGUCACUUGCCUGCAUGUACACCAGGAAAUCUGUCUUCUUCUCUCAAGAAGCAGGAGCUGCUGCCAGCCUUGAGGAAAGUGCAAGGUUUCUGUCUUUCCAUGAACUAUCGGAGUUGGUGCAGGCGCUGCCGGGGUUUUUGAUGCUGCUGACUGGGGAAGGGAAGCUCCUGUACCUGUCAGACAGCGUCUCGGAGCAUCUCGGACACUCAAUGGUGGAUCUUGUGGCCCAGGGUGACAGUGUGUAUGAUAUCAUUGAUGCCUCUGACCACUUUGUCAUGAGGACCAACCUCUCAACCUCUACAUCACUUGAUACAGAUCGUCUCUUCCGGUGUCGUUUCAACACCUCCAAGUCCGUGCGCAGGCAGAGUGCUGGGAACAAGCUGGUUCUGAUCCGAGCUCGCUGCCUCUGUCCCCCUCCCUCCUCUCCGACUGCUGGGUCCUACUGGACCUCCAACCCCGUCUGGGUUUGUUUCUGUUCUCCUCUGGAGCCCCACCCUACCCGCUCUGGCCCUGGGGGAGAAAGGGAAUCCACCUCCACCCCUCCCACUGCUGAGAGCAACUUCUUCUUGGCCUGCUUCCAUUCCCAGCACGGCCGGGAUAUGAGGCUGCAAAAUGCACAGGACAAUGUGAGUGCCUAUCUUGGCUUUGAUGUGGCAGCUCUACGCUCUCGCUCGUGGUACAGCCUCCUCCACCCACAGGAUCUGUCACAUGCCUCCACUCAGCACCGCAGCCUAUUGAGAGAAGGAGGAGAGGGCAGAGCUGAAAUGGUGGUGCGAGUGCAGGCAGAAGACCAGUCCUGGGUUUGGCUCUACAUGGUACUCCAGCUGGAGACUGGAGACAUCCCCAUUAGCAGCAACAACUACAUCAUCAGUGAGCCUGAAGCCUGGUCAGUGCGCCAACAGCUCAGCUCAGAGCAGACCCAGCUCACCCUGGUUCUGAGUGCUGGCACCUCUCAGCAGGAAAGCCUUAGCCUCCAGUCCCCAGAAACCCUCUCCAGCCCAGACCAGGUCUUCACCCCUGGCAGCAGCGGCCUGUCCGCCCAGUCCUUUGACUUCAGUACUGCUGGGUGCAGUGUGGGCUCAUCUGAUGAACCAGGGAGCUCCACCACUGAGGCCAUGCAGCUGGAGGGCGACCCUCGCUCCAGUAUCUCUUCUCUGGAAGAAGAAAGUUUCUUUCAGCAGCAGCCUACUGGCCCCGACCAAAGCCCCUCAACUGCCUCCUCUCCCACUCCAGUCACUGUAGCAACAGUGGCAGACUUAGACUUCCUCACCCAGAACAUUCUCCUGCCCCCAUCUUUCCAGCUUGACCCCCCACUGCCUGCCCUCCCCCUUCCUCUCCCCCCAGUGCCCACGUCACAAGCUCAGCAGACCAAAGAGUUUGUGUGCACACCACCCUACACACCCCAGCUCGGUGGGGCUAGCUUCCUGUUUGGUGAGCCCCUCUUCAGCUUUGACCCCACAGGCACUACCACGCCUCCGCCCUCUGCUACAACAGCUACUGCCUCCACCUCCAUGGCCCCCUCAGUUUCCCCAUCAGCCCCAACAACCACCGCCUCCAGCCCUGCUCCUCCCACUACCCUGUCUACCAAGCUUCCCCUGGCAGUGCCUACCCUGUCCACUGAUCUCCUCUUCCCCGUGGAGCCCUGCAGUGGCUCCCUUUACGAGAAACUGCCCCCCACUCCCGACAGCCCCGGGGACGGUGACUGCACAGUGAUGACCCUGCCUGAGGUACGGGGGCCAUUGUAUGUAGAUGUCCCACUUGGGCCCCUCCAGUAUCCCCCUGAGGGCCUCCUCACCCCAGAGGCCUCUCCUGGCAAGCAGCCAUGCCUCUCCUUUUUCUCAUUGGAGAGAGAGAGGGAAAAGGAGAGGGCAGAGAUCUCCCUCUUAGCUCAGCAUAUCAGCUCCCUGGCAGAGGGAUUCUACCUGGAUCCUCUCUUAUCCAAACUCUCUCCUCCUUCCAUGUCACCCUCAUCCUCUCCUCCCUCCCCAUUCCUGUCCCCUUCCCUAGAAACUCCUGAUGUUGAUUCAGUCCACAUGCUUGGGGAGUUUUAUCCCAUCAAGGCAUGGAGAGGUCUGGACAUUCCCAUAUUCCUUGAUGAUGAUGACUCUCUGUUUGAAGAGAGCAUCUUAGAAACCCUCCUCCAAGACUUCCCUGCUCCUCCUAAGUCCCCUGGCCUCUCUUCUCCCUCCCCCUCUCCUCCUCCUUCCUCCACUCCCUCUAGCCCAACCUCUCCCCAAACCCCAGUGUGCUGGCACCAACCCUCCCACUUUGAGGGAGUGGGCCACUUCUGUAGCGUCCAAUCGGCGCAAUGUAACUCCAUGGCUGGGUGCGGGGCGACUGUGGCUGCUGAGGCCGGGGCGAAGGUGGAGGGGGAGGGGCUAGUGGAGGAAGCAAUGGAGAUUGAGGUGGUGUCAUCUCCUUUGUCCUCUUGCUCCUCCAUCCCAGCUUCCCCUCCCCUCAUCCUCACUGCCUCCCCCUCCCCCGUCACCUCCAUGCCCAUCGCCUCGCCCACGCCCGCCGUGUCUUGCACCCAGUCCCUCUUGGAGGAACUGGCCGUCCUGGAACCCAUGUUUGGGGCAGGUGCCUCGAUCGCCCCUGGCUUAGGGCAACAACCUGAGUUGUAUCAACUCCAGUGUCAUCCAUCGCCACAGUGCUUCCACAAAGAUGGGAGUGGAAGUGUUCCUCCGUUCUAA